UCUCUCUCUAUCUCUCUCGGAAGCCUCGGGUGGCAAACGGCCAAAGCGACGGGUUCUUUCUUUCUUGUCGUCCGUUCGCGGAUGGGGAAGUACAUGCGCAAGUGCCGGGGCGGCGGCAAGGUGGCGCCGGCCGUCGUGGAGCACCGCGCGCCGGCGGCCCUCGGCGUCCGCACGCGGUCCCGCGCGGCGGCCUCCGACGCGAAGAUGAGGAUGAAGCAGAGGGCGACGUCCACGUCGACGGCGCGUGCGGUGCUGGGCCGGGACGGCGGCGACGCGGCGGCCGGCUGCUACCUGCAUCUCCGGAGCAGGAGGCUGUUCAUGCCUGCCUCCUCGGUGGCGGAUCGGCUGCGGGGACGGGGGGCGGGUGAAGAGGCUUCGACGGCGGGGCUGGCGGAUUCUGGUUCAGGGCAUUCGGUGGAGCCGGCGGACGUCGCCGGGGUCUCGCGCUGCUCGAGCACGGCGUCCACGGCGGUGGACGUGGCGGCUAGAGAGAGGAGGAGCGGCGACGAAGCGGAGCCGUGCGAGAGCCGCGACGUGGAGAGCUCCGUCAGCGACUCCGAGUGCGGCGGCCGAGACAGGAGGGAGACGACGCCGUCGAGCCGUUCGCCCGGAGAUUUGAGCGACUUGGAGUCGAGCCAGGCGGCGCACGAGCAGAAGCACAAACGCAGGAGGCAUCCGGCAACAACGACGACGACGACCGCAGCGCCAUUCCACUUAGACUUGGAGGCGAGGGCGAGGAUGCCGCCGGCGGCAGAGAUCGACGAGUUCUUCGCCGCCGCGGAGAAGGCCCAGGCCGAACGCUUCGCCGCCAAGUACAACUUCGACGUCGCGCGCGGCGUGCCGCUCAACGCCGGCCGGUUCGAGUGGACCACCGUGGCCACCGUGUGAGCACUGAGCAGAGAAUGAUGGAAACGACGACGGCCGCGGGAGCGUAGCUGGGAGUGAAAAAGAGACGCUGAUGAUAUAUCCACCGUGCCCCAAAGGAAAACAGUAAAGAGAGAGAGAAAGAGGAGUAAAAAAAGAACAGAAUAAUUCCAUGCACAGCAAGCCCUCUCCCCAUUCCAGCUUGUUCGAAUUGGCGUCAGUUUUUAACUUCUUCUCCUUUUACCUUUCACUAGGCCGGCCACGGGCGAUCGAUCGAAAAUAGGCUCGGCCGUUGUGUAACUCCUGUUUCCGUUUUCAGUUGGUGGUAUCUUGCGGCCGGGGCGGCAUUCAAUGCGCAGCGGCCGACAGCUCUGCGCUGCCGUGGUGCAGGCCUACCUGCAACAGUGAGCCCCCGCCAGCUCGCCACCUUCCACUGCAGCUCCUGCUUCUCCCGCAGUCUUUUAUUCUUCGUACAGUUCGGCCGUCACUCACGCGCGCUUGUCUACUACCCCGUCGUCGUCUCCGGCGAUUUAUCUCCCGUCCUCUUCUUUUUACGGCGAAACAGUGCUUCGUCCUGCGGACAGAGGGAGGGAGGAAGCUUUGUCCGUCCAUGGCGUGCCGUGAAGAGGAGGUUGGGUGAGGCCGGCGCCAGAUAAACGUCGAAAUGAUUUGGGAUCUGGUGCACAUGCGGGGAUGGCAGGAUGGGUCUGGGAUAGGGCAGGCAGGGGGUGGUGGAGAUGGGCGGGGCGAGGGAGGAAUGUCGCUUUUCUUUCAUCGGGAUCUGUGGGUGGGUGAGUGGCGGUGAAUCGGUAAGAAACGGCGGGGAGCUCUUACCGAUGAUUCGUGGGGCAGAUCGGGGCACGUGCAGCUGCUGCUGCUGCCCGCAAAGCAAGAGCGGGUAUAUGCUGGGCUUGCAGUGUGAGAUGCUUCUUCUUUCCGUGCGUAUGAUACAUGCUACUGUUGGGUCUGACCCUUUGAGUUAUUUUGGAUCUAGUCCAGUUGGGAUAUCUAUGCUUAAUUGCAAAA